AUGACUUUCACUCUCUCAUGGCGCCAAGCCGCCGUAGCAGCGUUGCUGUUCAAUGCGGCAGUAACGGCCAACUACGAUACUCGACGAAAUAAUGAAGCCUCGGAAGAUACAAAGCGGGCUUUGAAUGUUGCCUCCGUAAAGGCUCGAGGCCUGAAUGUCAGAAACUUUGUACAGAAGUUGGACGUCGACAGUGUAUUGUCUGCUCUCGGCAGUAAUAACAGGGCACAGGGUGAUGGGACUCCGGAUGUAGCCCCUCUUGCUGCUGAUGGGGCUGUUCCUGCCGCCCCUCAAGCCCAACCGGCAGCACCACCGGCACCGGUUGCGGGACAGGCUCCUCCUCCGCCUCCCCCGGCGAAUGGAGCGGCACCUCCUCCUCCUCCGGCGAACGGUGCACCUCCUCCGCCUCCCGAUCCAAACGCCGCUCCUCCUCCUCCUCCGCCCGACGGUGCUCCUCCACCACCGCCUGACCCAAAUGCGGCUCCUCCGCCUCCGCCUCCUGCGAAUGGCGCUCCUCCACCUCCUCCUCCGGCUAACGGUGCUCCCCCGCCACCACCACCUAACGGAGCACCGCCGCCGCCGCCUCCUGAUCCAAAUGCUGCUCCUCCAGACCCGAACGCGCCUCCUCCACCACCUCCUGAUGGAGCGCCGCCGCCGCCUGAUCCAAACGCAGAGCCACCACCACCUCCUCCUGAGGGAGGCCCGGCUCCUGACCCGAAUGCCCCUCCCCCGCCGCCCCCUGAUGGAGGUCCAGCUCCCGAUCCCAAUGCUCCUCCACCACCACCUCCAGACAGCGAGGCUCCUCCCCCUCCUCCUGAUGAUGGGCCUCCACCACCACCCCCCGAUGGAGGACCGGCUCCCGACCCCAACGCUCUUCCUCCACCGCCGCCUGAUGCCGAGGGAGCACCACCAGCACCGCCGGAGGCUGCUCCCGCGGUAGCUGGUGAGCCUCUGGCGCCAUUGGCCGUAGGGGCUCCUCCUCAACCUGCUGCAGCUCAACCUCCCCCUCCUCCCCCUCUCGCAGGAAAUGCAACUGAUCCUGCCGGCAAAAAGGGAAAGAAGGGCAAGGGCAAGGAUGACGCCGGCAAGAAGGCAAGGGAUGAUGCAAAGAAGGCAAGAGACGAAGCCAAGAAGAAGGCUGAAGGGCAACUAGCAGGUGCGGCUGGCCCCGGCCAGGCCGCCGCCAAUGGAACAGCACCUGCACCUCCGGGCAAGAAGGGAAAGAAGGGCAAGGAUGCAAAGGGUAAAGAUGCCAAAAAAUUGAAGGAUGGAAAGGGCAAGGGGGCAAUUCCUGGGGCCGCAGGGAAUGGCACUGAAGCCGUGGGACCGGAUGGAAAAGCCAAGAAGGACAAGAAGGCUAAGGGCAAAGCCGCACUUCUUCCAGGAGCUGCCGUAAACGGCACGGCACCAGCAGGUCCAGAUGGCAAAGCUAAGGGCAAAGGCAAAGACGAUGAUCCUGAGGCAAAGAAAAAGGCCAAGGACAACGGUCUUGAGGGUGCCGCCGGAGCCGCCGAGGAAGCUGCUGGUGGACCUGAAGGCAAAGGCAAAGGAAAAGGUGACGACCCCGAGGCCAAGAAGGCAAAGGAAGCGGCUGCUGGGGGAGAAGGGGCAGCCGCCGCCGGGAAAUCGGCUGGAGCGACAUUUGAAAGACGCCGACGAGCAAGCUUCGUGAAGCGGCGGAACCUCAUGUCUAAUUUCGGCUGGUGA